AUGCCUCCAUAUGUCCCUCGCAAACGAUUGAGAGCCUCAUCGCCUGGAGAGGCGGUCGAACCCGAUAAAAGCGCUAAUUCGCUGCUCCAUGAUCUCGGAGGAAGCGGUGAUAGUGACAGUCCGCUUUCAUCGCUCUCGGACAGCGACUUCGAAGAUGUCCCUCUUGCCAAGCGGCAGAAGACGGAUGAUGCUGAUGUGGAGGAGGAGGAGGACGAUGAGGAUGAUGACGACAUUGAGUUUGAGGAUGUGGAAGCUCCGCAGCAAUUCGCACCAGAUGCGCCUGUGCCAUCCGGCGACCUUGAACUGACGCUCAUCCGGGACACUCGGAUAUCUUUGACGAACCAAUUCGACAGAAAGGGACCAUCAAAGCGAGAGCGGACUGUUCGGAAUGCGACGCAUUGCGUCCACGUCCUGUGUCUGCUCUGGCACAAUGCAGUCCGGAACUCUUGGAUAUGCGACCCCGAGGUCCAGGCAAUCAUGAUAUCUCAUGUUCCGCCCAGGCUCUGGGAUGAGGUUGAUCGUUGGAGGCAAAACAGCGGCCUGGUAGCAAGGCCGCCACCAUCCAAGAAGAUGGCGAGGAAGAAGGGCGCGAAGCAAGACUCUAGAGACUGGGGCGACACGGCCAAGCGGCUGGAGGAGGGAGCUAUAGAUAUGAGCCACGGCGAUCCUCUGUUUCGGCUCAUGAAGUCGUUAGUUGCUUGGUGGAAGCAACGAUUCCGAGUUACGGCUCCUGGUCUUCGAAAAUGGGGCUAUAUGUCUCUGGAACGACUGGAUAGACUCACGAAAGCAUACAAGGAACACGAAGCAGAUUUCGAAGAGUUCGGCGAGAGGAUAGAGGGCAUAGAAGGCUUUCGGCAAUGCGCAGCCGACUGCAGGGGAAGUAGAGAUGUUGGUGCUCAACUAUUUACUGCGCUGCUUCGGGGGUUGGGGAUCGAUGCUCGGAUGGUUGCUAGUUUGCAGCCACUGGGUUUUGGAUGGAACAAGCUGGAAGACGCAGAUCCCGAGGAGCAGUUACCCGCAGUCACACAAGAGUCCGACGAUGAUCUUGAGCCUGACUUCAAGGAUACAGACGACGAGUCUGUCGAUAUGACACUCACCACACCAACCAAAUCCUUGCAUGCGAAGAAGUUUGACAAAGACCUCGAGUUUCCACACUACUGGACCGAGGUUCUGUCCCCGGUCACCAAGAAAUAUCUCACCGUUGAUCCCAUUGUAAAGGGAACAAUCGCCACAAAUAGGGAUCUAAUUGAGACGUUCGAGCCUCGUGGCGCCAAGGCGGAUAGAGCCAGGCAAGUCAUUGCCUACGUCGUGGGCUAUUCGAGAGAUGGAACCGCCAAAGAUGUGACGAUCAGAUAUCUGAAGCGGCAAGUCCUUCCAGGGCGAACCAAGGGGGUCCGAAUGCCACCGGUCAAGGUGCCUGUUUAUAAUCGCCACGGCAAGGUUAAGCGCUACGAACUGUCGGACUGGUUCAAAACGGCCAUGUCUGGCUACAGGCGUGGAGGCAAGGAUCACCCGUUGACAGAAGUCGACCAACAAGAAGACCUCACAGACCUGAAGCCUGCAAAGGCCGAAAAGAAAGAGGUCAAGGAGGGUGAGGAGACGCUACAAUACUACAAACAGUCCAAAGAAUACGCUCUGGAGAGACAUCUCAAACGCGAGGAAGCGUUGAGGCCUGGUGCCAAACCAGUCAAGGUCUUCAAGAACAAAGGAAAGGGCGGCAAAGUGGAUGAAGAAGAUGUGUAUCUUCGGUCAGAUGUUGUGCUGGUCAAGAGUGCAGAAACCUGGCACAAGCAAGGCCGUGCUCCGCUUGCCGGCGAAGAGCCGCUGAAGAGAGUACCAUAUCGCGCUGCCACUCUCAACAGAAAAAGGGAGAUUCUGGAAACUGAGGCAAUGACUGGCCAAAAGGUGCUCCAGGGACUCUACAGCUUCGAUCAGACGGACUGGAUCAUACCGCCACCAAUCAAGGAUGGCGUCAUUCCCAAGAAUGAAUACGGGAAUAUCGACCUGUUUGCCGAGCACAUGUGUCCUGAAGGCGCCGUACAUGUCCCCUUUAGAGGCGUCGGCAAAGUCUGCAAGAGACUUGGCAUCGACUAUGCAGAGGCAGUGGUAGACUUUGAGUUUGGCCAUCGUAUGGCCGUCCCCGUCAUCCAGGGAGUUGUAAUCGCCGAAGAGCAUCAUGAUAGGGUGAUGGCGGAGCUGGAAAAGGAUGAGGCGGAGCGCGUACGGAAAGAAGACGAGAAACGGCGCAAGGCAGCACUGGGAAUGUGGCGGAAAUUCCUGAUGGGGAUGCGCAUUGUAGAGAGAAUCCGGCAAGAAUAUGGUGAGAUUGACGAAAGUGUCUCUGUCUUUGGUCAUUCACGGGGAGGGGCUCCGGCCGGCAGCGCGCCCAAGGUUCACGACGAAGAACUCGCCGGGGGUUUCCUCCCCGAAGGUUAUGAAGACGAGGAGGACGACCAAGCACGCGAAACAUCAAGCUUUUUCCCCGCUCUUGAGGAGGAUGAUGAGGGUGGAGAUGGAGAUUUGGUGAUGGAAGAUGGCCGUGAUGAGAGUGUUGGGGACUCUCAUACCGAGGCUCGAGCUGAAAGCUCGACAAAAUCUCGCAAGUAUUCGACAAGGUCUAGAAAGACGCGAACAACACGAGAAAAGAAACAAACAGUCAUUGACGAAGAUGACCAGGAAGAUGACGAUUAA